AUCUCGAUAAUAAUAAGGUGCACGGACAAUGGAUCUCAUCUGUGCAGAGCCAAAAACUUAUAAAUAUUCAAUUUUUUUAAGAGCGUAGUAUCUCUUCAGACAAAUCUCGAACAUUACGCGACGGACCAAAAGAAUUUCACAUUCCAUAAUUACUGUUUUGCGCCCAGUAUACUUCGGAGAUUCGAACCCGGUUAAGGGAAAUAAAACAGAAAAAUGGCGAGCUUGGAGUUAGCACUAGUCGAAAUGAUGAAUGACUAUUCGAAGUCUAAUGCACAGCGCCGAGAUCAAAUAGAAAAGAUGAAGAAGGAUGCUGUAACAACUGCAGCUCGUGUUUCAGAGUUGCUUGUAGAUAGUGUGAAUAGUGAGGUUCAAGAAUCCUUCAUCAAUGAGAAACGAAUUGAAUUUGAAACUCGUGCAUUGGCAUCAACAGUGCAGCGGUAUACCAAGCAAACGAAUCAAUGGCUUACAGCAGUUCGUGCGUUGGAUUCAGCUUUGAAGGAAAUUGGAGAUUUUGAGAACUGGAUGAAAAUUAUGGAUUAUGAUUGUGAAAGCAUUGUUCUUGCACUGCAGUAUAUUCACAAGAAGGAAAACACGCAAUCAUAAGCAACCUAGUCAAGAUUUGUAGUUAUCACAACAUUUGUUUUCAUUAGUAUUUGAUUUGGUCAAGUUGAGGUAGAUAAUUUUUCCAUUGGAACUCAAUUUGCACAAGUUGGAGGGUAGCAAAUUAGUGGAUGAAGUUCCUGUUUUCCAUGUUACUUGCAGAGCGAUGCAAAUGUAUGCCAUUUAAGGUGCUUUAUUUUUUUAAUUUCAUAAUUUAAGUUCAUGGAA